UGUCCCUGCUUCUUGCAGCUUGGAGUGGGAGCAGCACUAAUGGCUUGGAAGACACACACAUGCCCCCCCCCAUGAGAUUUACUUAAUGGCACACAUGCGGGAGUUCAGCUAAGACGGCGGGGGGGGGGCAAACUUUUUUCAAAGAGGGCCAGAUUUGAUGAAGUGAACAUGUGUGAGAGCCGACCAAAGUAGUUGAGCUUUUUUAAGGAUUUUACCCCAGGAAAUAAACUGCCACAGGGGCUGGGGCUGGAUUAAACCGACCAGCAGGCCAGAUUAAGCCCCCCAAACGGACUUUGGACAUGCCGGGCCUAAGACAUCCAGAUGGUGGAACAUGCAGCGCAAUGGAAGACACAAAGCAACGAUCAGAAAAGGAAUUUCCUCAGGAUCAACAGGGAAGUGCCAUGGAGCAUCGGGGCUCAAGCAUGGCCAAACGUCUGGCCACGCUACUCUCAGGUCUAGUGGAAUGCAUGUGCUUUGCAGGUGUCAUUUUUGGAUGGGCCUCCCUGGUGUACGUCCUCAAGGAUAUGCAAUACUUUGAGGAUCUGUGUAUGUCUGCAGCUGCCAAUCAAACAAGCAAUGUCACAGACUGCAGUGCUCAGGAUGAGCAGUUUUCCCUCAUCUUCACCAUUGGCUCCUUCAUGAACAACUUCAUGACCUUCCCAACAGGCUACAUCUUUGAUCGCUUUGGUACCACAGCAGCACGUCUGCUUGCCAUAUCUGCCUACACCACUGGUACUCUCCUCAUUGCAUUCUCCUCAGCAGCCACUGCGCUGAUCCUGUUCCCAGCACUGACGUUUCUCUCUGUCGGUGGGAUCCUCUUUAUCCUCACCAACAUGCAGGUUGGGAAUCUGUUUGGAAAACACCGCUCAACCAUCAUUACCCUCUACAAUGGGGCCUUUGACUCUUCCUCUGCAGUUUUUCUUGUCAUCAAGCUGCUGUAUGAACAAGGCCUCUCGCUGAGAACCAUGUUCCUCUUCAUGUCUGCUUGCAGUGCCUGGCACUUGAUCCGUACUUUUUUUCUGAUGCCCCGCAGCCAUAUUCCGUAUCCACUGCCCCCAGGAUAUACAUAUGGAGUGAGCUGUCACAAGAGGUCCCGUUCGUAUCGCACCUAUGAGGAGCAACGUAGCCCCAAAGUCCUGGAUGAGAAUGAUGCAGAGGACUCGGAUAAUCUGCAUGCUGACCCAGCACUCGAAGAAAAUUCCACCAACAAAGGGCUUGUUGGCAUAGGAGAUGCUGAGACUGCAGCAAACCUCAAGGCUCCAGCUGUUGUUUCCUUCUGGAGCUGUGUCUUCUCCAAACUGUUUUUUUGGCAUCUGGUGUGGCUGUCGGUGAUGCAGCUGCGCCACUAUCUCUUCAUUGGCACCCUCAACCCCAUGCUGACACAGCUGGCUGAGGGAGACGCCACCCUUGUGAGCAGCUACACCAAUGCUUUUGCCUUCACCCAGUUCUGUGGAGUCAUCUGUGCCCCCUGGAAUGGGCUUAUCCUGGACCGUCACAAACGUGGACAUAAAAAGGAAGGGAGUUCGCAAGGGGUGCCAGAUUCCCUGGCGGACCUGCGCUCCUGUGUGCUGUCACUGGUCAUCACAGUGCUGCAGUGCGUGGCCUUCUCAAUUUGUGCCUCUAUUCCGGUGCUGCCUGUGCAGUACGCCACAUUUAUCCUGCAGGUUCUGAGCCGCUCCUUCCUCUACGGGGGCAAUGCUGCCUUCUUAGCCAUUGCCUUCCCCUUGGAACACUUUGGGAAACUCUACGGCCUGGUGAUGGGGCUCUCAGCCGUGGUGUCUCUCCUGCAAUACCCCUGCUUCUCGCUCAUCAGGGGCCCACUCAACGGGGAUCCCUUUUAUGUGAAUAUUGGUCUCGUAGUCCUAAUGUUUCUGGCUUUGGUCAACCCAGUGAUGGUGUGGUUGGAGUGCAAGCGGCGGCAUAAUGAACAUAACAUUGCAGGCUCCCCAGCCUUAACUGCAGGCAAGAAGGAAGGCCUGGAGUCUUCUAUCUGAGCCCUUUGCUGUGUAGACUUUGCGAACCUCUCCUAUCAAAAGGGAACCUUAAGAAGAUUUGAAAAGGGAACUGAGGAAGAAGCCUCCUCUCUCUCUGAGCUUCAUUCCCAGCAAAAUCUGGUCACAGUCCAACACAGUCAGGUGUGCUUAAGUCCCUUGAAAGAAAUGGACUUAAACAUAUCUGUGUUGCCAAACCACAGUUUAUUGCUCCCUCUCUCCAGAGUGUUAUUUUUCUAGGAAUCAAACCUAUAUUGUAUCCUCCUACUGUGGGGAUUUAGGUUGUAUUUCACUUACAUUUAUUUUGUUUAUUAACAGAGCUAUAUUUUUGUGAAUCAUACAAACAAGCCAGUAUUAGAGCAGGUACCAAGUUAGGAUGUUUAAUAUGUCAGAAAAUGCAACUCUUUAAAGUGGAAGUCUUAACAUUUUUGUCUCCCAUUAAGUUUUUGAAUUAGUUGAAAAACAGUCUACCCUCAUUGUUUUGAAUUAUUAAAUAGAUAUAUUUGAUAUUGGUUUUUAAGAACCAAAGUCCAUUACACAGCUUGGGAGAUAUUCCUUCCAAAAAAUUUUUUUUUAAAGUCAUGGAAUGGAAAAAAACCAACACCCUAUGCUAUUUGAAUACUUCAAUAAAGCUUGUCUUUUUUAUAUAUGUAAAAAAAAUCAAUUGUGGAAAGAUGCACUAGUUUAAGUCAUUGUGUGGCAGUCAAGAAGUCCAAUAUUAAAUUAAAUUCAGAAGGGAACCCAACUGUAAUGAAAGUUCAUAAAUACUGUAGAAUAGCAGAAGAAUAAGAAACCUGAUGUUCAGCAUCAA